AUACUAGCACUAGUAGCAACAGCAACAGCAACAGCAACAGCAACAGCAUCCCAUCCGCAGUCGCCCUUGGUUGCCGAUCCCCACCGACUCCGAGACGCGAGACUACACAGCACAGCAUCGCACAGCACAGCACAGCACCAUGCCCCCCGCUACCGGAUUCCAGUACACGCCCCCCUCCUACCUGCUCCGCGCCAGCGACACGACGAACCGCCCUUGGAACAAGACGGAGGAGGGCGAGGCCCGUUCGGACGACGCGGGCUUCCAGGGGGAAAACGAGUACGACCUGCCCCAGGAGCAGAGGCCGCAGACCCGCCGGGAGUCCAACCUGGACGCCCACUUCCAGCAGCGGGUCCGCAACAAGCAGAGCCGGUACCGGGACAUUCUGAAGGGGGAGCGGGACGCCGAGGGAAGCCUURGCUACGGCCAGGGCUACGGCAACAGCUAUUCGAACUCGAACUCGAAUCCGAACUCGAAUUCGAAUUCGAAUCCGAGGUCCUCUGCCUCGGACGACGAGGACGAUUCCGUCCUGCUGGCGGCSGCCAACGCGGACUCGUACGCGGACGUCCACUCGGCCCGGGUCCACGCCCUGCAGUCGAGGAGCAACGAGCUGGCCCGCAAAAACCGCAAGGAGCGCAUCACGGGCGUUCCGGACUCCUCGGUCUCGGCCUCGCGCCGUUCCGAGGCCUCGGAGGCGGAGACCGCCCGGUCCCUGAGGGCCCAGCGCCUGCGGUCCUCCCUCCUCAAGCCCACCGCGGAGGAAUACGACGUCCAGACCAAGCUGGAGAUGCGGAGGUUCGCCCGGAAGGAAGAAGAGGCCGCCGCCCGCAAGCUGGAGCGGGAGGAAGCCMUGGCCCUCGAGAAGCAGCAGAAGCAGCGGGAACUCGAGGAGAAACAGAGAAAGCAGCACCAGAAGCACCAGCAGAAGCGGGCCAUGGAGAAGGAGCGCAAGACCCUGGAGGCCGAGCGCGAGGCCCUGGCCAUUGCCAAGGAGGAGGCCGCCCUGGCCCUCAUGAGGGCCGCCGAGCUCAACGAGGAACGCUUGCGCCAGCGGGAACUGGACGCCCGCGAGGAGGACCGCAAGCCCCACCGYCGGGACCGACUCUCGGCGGGGAGCGCCGAGGGCCGCAAGCACCGCAAGAUGAGGACCAAGAACUACUUUUCCGGGAGCAGCACCUCGGACGGGGAGACCUUUAUGACGGAGUUCGAUCCGCAGAACGACUUUGCCUUUCUCAACGACCUCUCGGGGAUCGUCCGCGACACGGGCCUCCUCAAGACCUGCGGGGCCUGCUUUGGGGACACGGAGGACGUCCUGGAGACCCCCAGCAUGAAGCCGGACGGSACUUCCRCCAAGGCCUCGUCCAAGAUUUCCUCCGUCUUUGUCCCGGACCUGGUGGCMAGCUCGGACAACUCGGCCUCGGACGACGACCGCACCGGCGACUCGGUGCACAAGAGCCGGGUCUACGCCAGGUACCGGGCGUAGGCGAAGCCRASCCAAGCCAAGCCAAGAGUGCAGCACCACCGGUGUUGGGCGGAACCGGAGCCUCUCUCGUGUCGGGCGGUGCCAGCUGCCCUUUCCCCGGCUGCUCGAUCGCUCGGCGCCGACCCCMCUAUUCUUCAUGAUUCUUGUUCGUGUUGUUUGACUAAACCUGCGUAUUGACC